AUGCGGAUGAGCAGGGGACGCUACAAUGUUAGCCCGGAAGUGAACGCAAACGUGUUUUCCGCUAUGUUCUUUUGGUAUCAAAAUUCAAUUAGUUUACCCGGUAAAAAUAAGAUGCUCGAAGAGGCUGACUUGUACAACACAGCAGCUGCGGAUCUAGCUGACCCCCUUGGACAGACUUUGGAUGAGUAUUGGAAAAUUGAAGUAGCAAAAGCGAGGAGACGCCGUAAAAAACCUUCACUUCUUAAAGCGUUAUACAAAACAUUUGUUGCUGCUUACAUGGGAUACGGUUUAAUGCUCUUUAUUCAAUGCAUUAUAUUCAAGAUGCUGCAGCCAAUAAUAAUGUUCAGAUUGAUACACUAUUUCAUGUAUCCUAGCGAGAGCGGAAUCAAAUUCGGUAUAAUGAAAGCAGCAAUAUUCGUGGUCGUGGCAUUUUUGAAUGUAUUGAUGUACCAUCACACUCUCUUGGGUUGUCAUAAAAUAGGAACCAGAUGUAAAAUUGCUUGUUCCUCGUUGAUUUACAAGAAAUUUCUGAAACUGAGUCUGGUGACCAUACACAAUAAACAAUUGCAGAAUGAAGUUACUACUUUGUUGAACAAACAGACUAGAAUGCUGGAAAAAGUACCCGUAUUUCUGCAUUUCGUGUGGAUUACGCCGCUGCAAAUAAUGAUUAUACUAUUGGAGCAACAUUAUGUAAGGUCAUUUUCGUACGUAAUGGGAUUCACGACGAUUUUAAUUAACUUCUCAGCGCGAUUAGGAAUCUUCGUCACUGUCAGCAGCUAUGAACUGUCGAAAACCCUAUUUUCCACACAGCUUCUUUACACAAUCAUUCAAUUUCUGAACUUGAUCGAACUGCAAAUGGCUGUAUUGCUACCCAUGGGAAUCAAAAGCUACAUGGAUUUGAUCAAAGCUACGAAGAAAAUCAAAGAAUUCUUGCUGCUGCCGGAAAUAGAUGCUGCGAUGAGAUCUAAACCGCGCGAAGAUGCCGGCCAUGUGAAUAUGAUAGAUAUCACAGCAACGUGGAUAAUGAUACCUCGGCUUUACACCCUGGUCAAUCUAAAUCUGGAUUUAUUCGCCGGGAACAUUUACGCUCUUACCGGGCCUCCGUCGUCUGGGAAAAGCAGUUUCCUUAACAUUAUUUUAAACGAAGUACCUGUUUUGCGAGGUACUUGCACUACUAUGGGAAGGUUAUCAUAUGCAGCACAAAAACCCUGGAUCUUCAACUCAUCCGUGCGGCACAACAUUAUUCUAGAUAGAAAAUUCGACAGGAACAGAUACAAUUUCGUUGUGAAAGUUUGUCAAUUGGCUAACGAUUUCAGAGAUUGGCGUUAUUCAGACAACUCGAUAAUCGGAGAACACAUCGCGCUCGAUUUGAAUCAACGAGCUAAGAUAAAUAUAGCCAGAGCGGUUUACAGAUCUGCGGACAUUUAUCUGUUUGACGAAUGCUUCGAUGAUUUGGAAGUGGAUACAGCGGAGAAGGUGUUCAAAUACUGCUUGAAGAAAUACUUGAAACGCAACAAGACUGUGAUUCUAGUGACCAAUAUCUUGGAAUUACUGGAGCAAUCAGACCAAAUGCUUUUAAUAAAAAAUGCUAGUGUGACUAUGACUGCUUUUGAUGAUAUUCCCAAGACGGAGAUUGCUAAGUACAGAUGGAUCAGGACGGGGUACGACGGGAGAAAAGUUUUGCGUGAGAUUUCGCUGAGUCGCAUAAAACCAAUAGGCGAUUCCAGGGAAUUCGAUCAUGCAAAAGUGAAAAAGCUACUGAUACAAAAGUACCUGAAACAUUAUUCGAAAAAGCCCGCUCAAGUUUUAUUCCUGUUUACCCUAUUUGUUACACAAUGUGUAGUUAACGCAGGCGACUUUUGGUUGAUGCUUUGGGCGAGUUCUGAGGAACAGUGUUAUAUGAAAGCGUCAGACGUUAACGAAACUAAGGAUAUAAAAAUAUUUGAUUUUCCUUUGAACAAAUUACUGAGACGCGAUGUGGAGAUUGCAAAAAAAUACGAAAACAAGACUUUCCACGAUCAAUGCAAUUACAUUUUGCCGAACGAAACGUUCUUCAUAUACUAUAUAGCAUUAGUUGGGGCCACUUUCUUUAUGGUUGUAUAUUAUGUGAUUUUAUUCUGUGAACUUCGGUCGAGAGGAAGCAAAAUUUAUAAGGAUACCUUCAAUAAUAUACUACAUGCUACUAUGGAUUACUACUAUACGAACACAAUUGUUAAGAUUAUCAGAAAACUGAUGAGAGACAUAAGGGCGGUUGAUAUGACAUUACCCAAUCGCCUGUUGGAUGUGCUCACUAUAAAUUCAACGUGCUUGGGUUUUCUGAUUGUCAUAAGCGUUUUUGUUCCUGCAUCUAUUCCGAUCUGCAUCAUAAUACUAUUCGGAUUGUACAAAUUACAUAAGAUCUUCAAACCGACGACCGAUGGAAUUGUUAGUUUAGAUGGCGAAACUCGGAAUAAAAUCACCGAUCACGUUCAAGAUACUGUCUCUGCUCUCGUAACCAUUCGAUGCCAUAAUGCACAGGGUAUGGCUAUUAGAGAAUUUCAUGAUCUGUACGAUGUCAAUACUUCAGCUUCGAGCACUAUUGUUGUCCUGUGGAGGAUGUACGGUUGUUAUAUUGACUUGUUUUACACUUUCCUGAUGGCCUUUGUUAUCUUUCAAUACUUUGUGGUUCCAGAUUUUAUACCUUAUUUGACAACCUCUAUUGUUGGGCUUUUGAUCACUAACUGCUUUUACUUGAUCGGCUUUGUUCAAUACGGAAUGAAGCAAAUGAACAAAAUCAGUCACAAUUUGUACAGCGUUCAACAUCUCAUAAAUUUGGAAGAUAUUGAUAAGGAGCCACAGGGUCAAACCAUUGUUCCCGAUAAAACAUGGCCGGUGGAUGGGAAUAUUCAAUUUAGUGAUGUCACCAUGAUUUUAGAAUAUUUGGAGCCAAUAUACUCUAUAGAAAUGAACAUUCCUACAGGAAACAAGAUUGGUAUCAUGGGCGAUACUCUAUCUGGAAAAAGGUCUCUGAUACCAGCGCUCUACAGGAUUUUCGAUUACGAUGGUCUCAUAACACUCUCCGAUGUGGACAUAAAGAGCGUGAACCUACACGAUUUAAGAUUAAAAAUUUCAAUAAUGCCAUCGGAUCCGGUGGUAUUCCCAACUAGUGUAAGGAAUAAUUUGGAUAUACAUGGUAAUGUUAGUACAGACAGCAUCUUGCAGGCUCUGAAACUGGUACACGGGGAAUUGCACAACGUGCUUGUUAAAUUGGACCGGCAAAUACAAAACGAAAAUUUCACAAUGGAGCACAGACACAUCAUUAGUCUAUUGCGAGUGGUGUUGCAGAAAAAUAAAAUCCUAAUAGUAGAAGAAUGUGAAACGAGGCUGGAAAAAGAAACGGAGUACUUCAUCCAGCAAGUAAUCAAUGAGAAGUUCAUGAAAAAUACUGUGAUUCAAAUCACAAACAAUUUAAGCAAUAUAAUUAAAUAUGAUUUAAUAUUCUACAUGGCAAAAGGAAGGAUCGUUGAGAGCGGAAGUGCGGUAGAACUGUUGAAUCAGAAAAGUGAAAACAUCAAGAAGUACUUCGACAGGAUGUAUCCGGAAGAACAAGAGCGCUACCGGACAGAAUUGCAAAUCAGUGUCUAAAA